ACUCCAUACAUUCAAACCACAGCUGUUUUCAUUCUCGACCCAAAGAGGCAGGAAAACCAGAAAAAAAACAUGGCGAGGACCCUUAAGGAUCACCUUAUCGACACCUUUGACGAUAUGACUCAGACAAACGUAAAGAAAUUCACAAGAAAGUUGUGUGAUAGGAGUCAAGAACCGCGCGUCCGCCGAGGUGCCAUCGAAAAGAUUGAAGACUCGCUGGAUCUGGCAGACUUGAUGGUGGACACAUUCACAUCGAUAGGAGCUGUUACAGUGACAAUCGAGAUUUUACAAGCUAUUAACUGUAACGAACAAGCAGUCUCUCUGAGUGAGGCCACGGAACAGAAUCAACAAUUCAUCGAUAAACAUCGAAUACAGCUCAUAGAACGAGUUAGGAAUGUAGAUGCCAUCCUAGAUGAACUUCUUGAGAAAACGAUCAUCAGUCAAGAGGAAUAUGAUAAAAUCCGCUCUAAAAGCACCCCAACAGAGAAGAUGAGAGAGAUAUUUUCUGGCACAAUGAUUUCUGCUGGAAAUGCAGGAAAAUUGGCUUUAUAUGAGGCUCUUAUGAAGUUACAACCUCCGUUAAUGAAAGAUCUUGGAGCUCAGUGAAAUACAAAUGAAUAUCCUGUCACCCCGAAUAUUUUUUUUAUUGAGUUGUUUUUAGUGCUGUUUUAUGAGAUGUAUUACGCAAUCAAGUAAUUUUGAAUUUAAAAGAAAAAUUGUAAACAAAAGCUGUAUAAACCUACCAUAUAAAUAUAUGGUCAACCUAGCAAUUAAAUGUACUAAAUUGUCAUCUUUUUUAAAGGUUUUAUAACACAGGACAAUGGCCAUGAUCCUAACAAUAUUGUUUUAGCUU